CCCAUGAUCUCAACACAAAAAAGGAGUUAUGUUACUUGGACUCCCCAAAUGGAUAUAAUCCUCACGUCAACUUCGCUUGAACAAAUGACCGGAGGGAACAAAGGCGAUGGAGAUUUUAAGCCAUAAGUGUAUCAAGUUGUGGUUGACAAGCUAAGGUUGGAUUUGCAAUUGCAUGUUAUGGUAGGUCAUGUCAAGAAUAGGAUUAGAGUUUGGAAGAAACAUUAUGCGACAAUCACUGAAAUUCGAACUUACACUAAAUUCAUAUGGGAUGAUGAAAGGAAGAUGAUUAAGAUCUGAGUCGAAGACCUUGUGGCAUGGCAGGAUUAUUGUAAGGACAAUCCUAGUGCCUCUGCUUACCAAAACAAACAAAUUGACAACUGGGAUGAUAUAUGCACUCUAGUGGCUGUGGAUAGAGCGAUGGGUGAUGGUGCAGAGCAACAUGAGGAGUCGGCAUCAGCUAUGGAGGCCGAGAAUGAAGGGGGUAGCACUUCCGAGACACCUUCAGGAGAGUCCAACAAGAGACUUAAACGGGAUCGUUUGGCGGAUGCUGUUAGUAGCUUUGCCGAAUCGUUCAAAGACUACCUCAAAGCAAAAGAUCCACCAAAACCCACUUCUUUUGAGGUAUAUGACGUUGUUUCUAAUGUUCUUGGUAUUACUCGACAUCAAAUUCUGAGGGCUGUGAAGAGGUUCCUUGGCGGCACAGUGGAAGAGCUUGACAUGCUCAAGCGUCUUUCAGAAAAUGAGAAGUUGGAUUGGAUUUUAUUGUGCCUAGAAUAGCUAGGUGGUUUUCUUUUUUUUUGUCUAAUUAAAAGUUGUACUAAACUAGUUGAAACGUUAAACUUUUGGAGUUCAAAUUCCACUUGCGUUCCAAACAUAUAGUAGAAUUUGAAAUUCUAGAAUUAUAAUUCCCGGUGUUUCCCAAACAGUUAUUAGAAUUUGAAAUUCUAGAAUUGUAAUUCCCGGUGUUUCCCAAACAGUUAUUAGAAUUUGACAUUCUAGAAUUGUAAUUCCCGAUG